GGGCGGGGGAGAGUUAGGAAACGAACGGCCGGUUAUCGCGAGAGCGGCUCAGGCCAAGAUGGCGGAAGAGGAGGUUGCUAAGCUGCAGAAACACCUGGCCCUUCUCCGCCAGGAGUAUGUGAAAAUGCAACAGAAGCUGGCAGAAACAGAGAAGAGAUGUACCAUGCUCGCAGCCACAUCUACAGUAGAAAAUGCCAGUGACUCCUUUGUUUGCCGACUUCUGUCUAUUGUGUCUGAGCUUUAUCAGCAAGAACAAUACAGUGAUCUGAAAGUGAAGGUUGGGGGAAAGUACAUCAACGUUCACAAGUUUGUUUUGGCAGCACGCAGUGAUACCUGGAGCCUGGCGAAUCUUGCUUCUACUGAUGAACUUGACCUGUCAGAUGCAGAUCCAGAAGUAACUAUGGCAAUGCUCCGAUGGAUUUACACAGAUGAACUUGAACUGAAGGAGGAUGAUGUAUUCCUCACUGAACUAAUGAAACUAGCUAAUAGAUUUCAGCUAUAUCUCCUCCGAGAAAGGUGUGAAAAAGGAGUAAUGUCACUCGUUAAUGUUAGGAACUGUAUUCGCUUCUAUCAGACUGCAGAGGAGCUAAGUGCAACUACGUUGUUGAACUACUGUUCUGAGAUUAUUGCCAGCCAUUGGGAUGAUCUGCGGAAAGAUGACUUCAGUAGCAUGACUGCACCUUUGCUGUAUAAAAUGAUUAAAUCAAAGACGGAAUACCCUUUGCAUAAAGCCAUCAAAGUCGAAAGAGAAGAUGUUGUAUUUCUCUACCUCAUUGCGAUGGACUCCCAGUUGCCUGGUAAACUGAAUGAACUUGAUGAUAAUGGAGACCUGGCCUUGGAUCUGGCACUGUCUCGACAGCUGGAAAGCAUUGCAACCACGUUGGUUAAUAACAAGGCAGAUGUUGAUAUGGUUGAUAAGAAUGGCUGGAGUUUGCUUCACAAAGCUAUCCAAAGAGGUGAUGAAUUUUCAGCUAGUUUCCUAAUUCGAAAUGGUGCUCGUGUGAAUGCAGCUACAUAUGGAGAGCAGGAGACACCUCUUCACCUCGUGGCCUUGUACAGUCUUAAAAAGCAUUCAGUGGAAACAAUGGCGGGAAUGGCACGUAUUGCACAAGCACUGGUGGAAGCAUCGGCCAAUUCAAACAUGCAGGACAGCAAAGGGCGGACACCUUUACACACCUCUAUACUGGCAGGCAAUGAGUAUGUUUUCACACAGCUGCUGCAAUGUAAACAAUGUGACCUGGAGCUGAAGGACCAUGAAGGAAGUACAGCACUAUGGUUAGCACUCCAGGAUAUAACAGUAGACUCUGAUCAGUCGGUGAAUCCAUUUGAUGACGUUCCAGUUGUGAAUGGUACCUCGUUUGAUGAGAAUAGCUUUGCUGCAAAACUUAUUAAGCGGGGUAGUAAUCCAGAUGCUCCUGAUGCAAAAGGGAAUUGUCUAAUGCAAAGAGCAUCGGAGACUGGCAAUGAAGCUGCUGCACUCUUCCUGGUUGCUCAUGGGGCUAAGGUUAACCACACCAAUCACUUG